AUGGCGUCUGCCGCCGCUCCCUGUCGCACUUGCUCUGUGUCUAGCUCGCCCUCAUUUCACCCUUCGCCUGCGCCCUCUUCCCCAACUCCAUCAACGUCAUCGGAAUCGCGAAAAAGAAAACGCGACGAAGUUGUCGCGAAACCAAGGCCAUUUUUAAUAACCCCCCCACAUUCAGAAGACGGUGCUCCGGUAGGGGCUAGGUCUAGGCGCAUGUUUACAUUUCCGAUGUUCACGAGUCUCUGGCAAUCUUUGAAAAGCUUUGCCGGGGUUGGAUCCACACCUCCAGAUUCAUCGCCUGGCGGGGAUGAAGUUGCUGGAUCACCAAAACGUGUCCGUGUUGAGGCUACUGAGGACCCCUUAAAAAGCGAUGACUCAGCGCCGAACGAUGACCCAAACAAAGAACCAAUUGCUUCGACAGCACAACCCAUACAGCCCAUACAACCCAUACAACCCAUACAAUCGCAAAGUUCAAACAAAGAGUCUCCACCUCCCCAGACACACAAUAAUCGCCCUAGUUUGAAGAUCAAGGCUCCGGUCACUACAGACAAACAGACGCCACCAGCUCAACUUCCCUCCCCUCUCGCUUCAUCAUCUGGAGAUGAGCUAGCAACCGUCUUUAAGAAGACAGCCAGACCUGUACAAUCCUUACCAUCGAAAAUGGCCGACCCCUUAGCCCCACCCUUUUUUACCAGACCUCUGCGCAAGAGGAGUAAUCCGGAAGCGGUAUUACAGAGAAUCCUUGCGCGCAGAGCAGCAUUCGGCCCAGCAUAUCCUCCAAGUAAAGAGGCUCGAGGAGGGUAUCCAUCGACUCAAAUCCCUCGCCACCGUGCCCAAAAGAUCAUCAUACCAGGAUUAAACGGGGAAUUUAGGAGGGAGGGCCAUCCAUAUUAUCCUUUGCUGAGAAGACUUCCCCCGGGAGCACCACCUGGCGUUCUCAAAAAUUUUAAGACCCAUCUGAAAUACCCGGAUAGUAAAUCACCACUACCACGGUCAGAUGAAAGACACAGGUAUACUAGGCGCGUGGAGAAGUAUAUGAGGAAAACGUACAUGGUAAAUAGGCAUUUGGACCAGUUGAGCCAAAUUGAACUAGCUACAUUACUUGAGCAGCUUAAUAAGGAACAGUUUUCGGGUUUUCAAACCCUAGAACAAGUUGAGCAGAGGCGCAGGGAGCGUAAUAUCGAGAUAACAAAAUUGAGAAAUGCAGCAAGACAGGAAAUAAUACCCCCCCUUGACCCGGAGUCGCUCGCAAGGUUCAAUACAAUAGUAGGGGACUUGCGUAAUCCUGCGGUUCCCGCCGACAGGCUAUAUAACACUAUGGAUGGAUUUUUAGCGAAUAAGGCUGCUCUCGUUAGGAUCCUUUGGCAAGAUGGUGCAAUCAGUUCGAAUUGGCUUAAUGAUGAGGGCAUGAACUUCUAUGUCGCGAUGAUCGCAAAACGGGGCAAUGUCGAAGGCGAGCCUAAGAAGAUAUUGUCAUUCAACAAUGCUUUCUGGGUAAAUCUAGUGAGGGGUGCAAGUGUGGCUAGAUGGGCAACGAGGCAAAAGGUCGGGGGGCGGCUGAUGUUGAAUCUGGACUACAUGAUUUUCCCCUGCAAUCAUGGGGGCACACAUUGGACUAUGUGUGUAGUCAACUUCAAGAAGAAGAGGAUUGAGAACUAUGAUUCAAUGUACAGCAGGGCAACAGCGGAUCAUGUAUUCAAGAUCACGCGACAAUACCUUAUUGCCGAAACCAAGUCAGAUCUCGAUGGAUGGACAAACUACAACCAUUGGAAUACAGUGCAACAGGGGAACGCGGCAGAUUGUGGAAUGUUUUCGUUGAAAGCGGCAGAGGUGGCUACAAGGGGUGCGAUAUGCAACGUCACCCAGGAGGACAUGCCAGUGUUGAGGCAAAGGAUGAUUGUGGAGAUGGCAACAAGAACUCUUUUCCCCCCACAAUACGCACCAUAA